AUGGACCGCUUCAAGCAGAUCGAUGCCAGCAACUCGUCCAUCGGUGCGCUCCUCUUCCACGACGAGGAAGUAGUCAGUCUGCAGGAUGGCAUCGGCCUCUACGAUGGCAAGGAGAAGGCUCUCCACCAGAGCAACGGAACCGUCUACCUCACCUCGCAUCGUCUUUUGUACGUCGACGACCUCGAGCCACAUCGCCACUCCUGCAGCCUCGAUCUGUCGUACGUCAAGCAGAGCGAGUACUACGCCGGCUUUCUCAAGAGCAGCCCCAAGAUCACCCUCACGCUCGCCAAGGUCGAGUCCACCGACGAUGACUCUAGUAGCGCCCUGCACCUAGAUACGAACAACGCGCACAGGACAUCGGCGCCGCGACGACCGAGCCCGCUGUCAUCCCAGGCUGACUUGCAACCGGCCAACACGACAACAGGCCGAGACUGGAGAGUCGGCGCAACGGCUGCAGACUCUUCAGCAGCCGCUGUCACGGGGCCGAACUGGGUCUGUGCCAUCUGCGGCUUCAGCAAUGCUGCCGGCCGCUCGUCGUGUGAGCUGUGCGGUGUCACAAAGGAGCCCGCCCGACCCACCCCAACAAGGACCCCCGUACCGGAACGCCCGCGCCCUUCGGAACGACUCUCAUUCUCUAAUGAUGGCAGAGACUCCCCCGCACCCAAUCCUUCCACCUCGUCCUCCGCAUCUGGAAUCACUACCGAACAAGGCGGCCUCGCCUGCGAUGUGUGCACCUUCCUCAACCACCCGUCCAUGGACAAAUGCGAGAUGUGCGGUUCCAGUCUCGGUAACAGCUGGCCAGAGCGUCCCUCCACCUCCUCCCUCUCUACCUCUCGAAAGAGCACCGAUGCUGAUGUCGCGUCACUCCGCGCCAGCUCGGCUCCAAGUAGAGCAUCCACGCCCGCAUCAAUCUCGCUACCGCCGCUCACCGACUCGGUCAAGCUCAGCUUCCGCAAAGGUGGCGAUAAAGCCUUCUACAGUCUGCUCAAGUCGACACUCAAGGGCAAAGCGUGGGCUGCGUCCAGUAGCACUGCGACGUCGUCUGCAAACGAUGCCAGGGCGGUGCGCGUCUCUGCGGGUAUGGUCGAUCUCGACGGCCGUUCAGCUGCGCUCAAGCGCGUCGGCAUCGACGGCAUCCUCUCUUCGGUCGACUCGACAAGCCGUGCGCAGAACGACGACAUGCACGGCGCGCUCAAGGACCUCGAAGCGCUCAUGCGCAAGGCCAAGCAGAUGGUAGAAUUCGCAGAGGCGCUCAAUGCCAAACUCACAAAGCAGGAGCAGGCCGCCGCGGCGGCUCAAGCGGCAGGUCGGCCCGAGGGGGCCGCCAAGCCCGAUCAGGAAGCCGCCACACUCAUUCGCUCCUCGCUCGUCCAGCUUGGCCUGCCAACACCGGCAGUCACUGCCGACAUGGCGCGAGACCAGGAGGAGUACCACCGUGAACUAGCGCGUGAGCUAGCCGGACUUCUUCUUGGCAAUCCGUCCGGAGGUCAGAGACAGGGCCUCAUGGGUGCGGGAAGGAUCGCAGCCAAAGGCAAGGGCAAGGAAAGUCUGCCCCGCGUGUCGGAAGACGAGCUCAAGGGCCGUGGGCUUUUGGGUCUCGACGAGGUGUGGUGCGUCUGGAACCGCGCACGUGGAGUCGCACUCAUCCCGCCACAAGCACUACGUUCAGCAGCCGCCUUCUUGCCAGACAUCACCUCGCCCUCGGUGCGCAUCAAGACGUUCAAGUCGGGCCUCUCGGUGCUCCAUACGCCCCGGUACAGCGACGAUGCGUUUGCAUCGCGCAUCUUGCAUCUGCUCGACGCUCUCGAGUGGGAGCACAGGAUGAAGCGCAUCGAACAGGCUCAAGCUCUCACCAUCUCGGACCGUAGAUCCGGUGCAGCGCCAAUCGCAGAUGCACCAGACGGCACAAAACCAGCACGACUGCAAGAAGAAGUUAGCUACGGCGAUAACCUCUCGCCGUGGGGCGCGGGCGCCUCGAUCCUCGAGAUUGCCGAGAAGGAGGACGUGCCCAUCCUGCUGAUUAACGAGAUGAUGGAGAUGAUCGAGGCACAGACGGGCAUGGUCGUGCGCGACGAUGGUGGGCCAAAUGGCACAAGGUGGUUCGUCAAUCACUUUGCCAGGCUGUAG